AGACAAGCAUCUUUGCUCUGGACGUUAUUACAUUCUAGAUCAUGGCCAGGAACCAGCUUGCGUCUCUAAACAUACAAUGGCAUAACGUUGUUAGGAUAUCCUUCAAAGAGAAAUCUCUACGAUACCAUAGGUAAUGUAAUCUGAAGAGCCAUCAUGCAGAGAAACGUCGUUGCUCCAAACGACAUCCUGCUAUAUAACUACCUUGUUAGUAGAGGGUAACGGAGAACCGGAAUGGCAAAUAGUGUCAACAAAUUAGUUCAAAAUACAGGCUCCAAGUAUUUCAGACACUGGCAAUGUUUACCAGCUUUGGCCACAAUCGUCUUCGUCGAGGAAUUUGUAUCCAUCUGUAUUCAUUCCAGUAAACGCGAUCAGGUCUUAAAACGACUGGUGGCACAACACGUGGGAGCAUGAUGCCUGGCACCGCAGCCCCGUUUGCUU